GCCGCCUGGUCCGCCCGCCGCUCCCAGCGGCGCCCUAAUUGUCCUGGGAAUGUGUGAGCAGCGGGACGGAGCGAGCGGCAGCGCGGCGGCGGCCGGAGCGGGGCCGGACUCUCCCCGCGCAGGCACUUGCCGGGUGCGGGGCCGACCCUCCGGGGCCGCUGCUCCCUUGCCGGCCGCCCCAGCCGUGCGUCCUGCCCUGAUCGAUUAUUGGUCACUCUGCCCUCCCUCCACCGCUGAUGUUUGAGCCAGCAUGUCGCGGAGGAAGCAGGCGAAGCCUCAGCAUUUCCAAUCCGAUCCCGAUCUGGCCUUGUUAUCCCAGCGAAAUGGAGACACAGAAAAGGGUCAAGCAAAUCGAACCACUAAGAACAAGGACGCCCAUGUCUGUGGCAGGUGCUGUGCUGAGUUCUUUGAAUUAUCAGAUCUCCUGCAACACAAGAAGAAUUGUACUAAAAAUCAAUUAGUUUUAAUUGUGAAUGAAAAUCCAGCUUCUCCUUCUGAAACCUUCCCUCCUAGUUCCCCUUCUGAUAAUCCUGAUGAACAGAUGAAUGACACAGUUAAUAACACAGAUCAAGUAGACUGCAGUGACCUUUCAGAGCAUAACAAACUUGACAGGGAAGAAUCCAUGGAUGUGGAGGCUUCCAGCAUUAACAAUAGCAGUAGCAGUUCCAAGAGUGUCAACAAUAGUAUUACAAGCAGUAACAGCUCCACAAUGGGUACCUCAGCUGUAACAACCUCUCUACCUCACUUAGGGGAUCUGACAACACUAGGCAACUUUUCAGUGAUAAAUAGUAAUGUAAUAAUUGAAAACCUGCAGAGUACUAAAGUGGCAGUAGCACAGUUCUCACAGGAGGCGAGAUGUAACGGGGCAUCGAGCACUAAACUCGCUGUCCCUGCCCUGAUGGAGCAACUGUUGGCAUUGCAGCAGCAGCAGAUCCAUCAGUUGCAACUGAUUGAACAAAUUCGUCACCAAAUAUUAUUGUUGGCUACCCAAAAUACAGACAUGCCAACAUCUUCUAGCCCUUCUCAAGGUACUUUACGAACAUCUGCCAACCCCUUGUCCACAUUAAGUUCCCAUUUAUCCCAGCAGCUGGCUGCAGCAGCUGGAUUAGCACAAAGCCUUGCUAGUCAAUCUGCCAGCAUCAGUGGUGUGAAACAGCUACCCCCUAUACAGCUACCUCAGAGCAACCCUGGCAACACUCUAAUUCCAUCCAAUAGUGGCUCUUCUCCAAAUAUUAACAUAUUGGCAGCAGCAGUUACAACACCGUCCUCAGAAAAAGUGGCUUCAACUAUUGGUGGCUCACAGCUCACCAACCCACCAGUAUCAGCAUCAUCUUCACCAGCUUUUGCAAUAAGCAGUUUAUUAAGUCCUGCAUCUAAUCCACUUCUACCUCAGCCCACCCCUAGUAACUCUGUUUUCUCCAGUCCCUUGUCCAAUAUUGGAACACCUGCAGAGGAUUUAAACUCCUUGACUGCCUUGGCACAGCAAAGAAAAAGCAAGCCACCAAAUGUAACUGCAUUUGAAGCAAAAAGUAAUUCAGAUGAGGCAUUCUUUAAGCAUAAAUGCAGGUUCUGUGCUAAAGUGUUUGGGAGUGACAGUGCCUUGCAGAUUCAUUUGCGUUCUCACACUGGCGAGAGGCCAUUUAAAUGCAACAUAUGUGGAAACAGGUUCUCCACAAAGGGAAACUUAAAAGUCCACUUUCAGCGUCACAAAGAAAAAUACCCUCAUAUUCAAAUGAAUCCAUACCCAGUGCCAGAGCAUUUGGACAAUAUUCCUACAAGCACGGGUAUUCCUUAUGGGAUGUCUAUACCGCCAGAGAAACCUGUCACGAGCUGGCUGGACAGCAAGCCGGUCCUCUCCACCCUAACAACUUCUGUUGGCCUGCCACUCCCACCAACAAUUCCAAGCUUGACCCCAUUCAUCAAAACUGAGGAGCCUCAGCCGAUUCCCAUUAGCCAUCCUUCUGCUAGCCCUCCCUGCUCUGUCAAGAGUGACUCGGGAACAGCUGAUCCCACAUCAAAAAUUUCCAAUGGACUUUCUGAUGAGGUAGAGGCUGGUGCAUUGCCUACCUCAAAUGGCAAAACGGAAGAAAACCCUCAAAACACAAGCACCAUGACUAACAUGAGCAGCUCCGUGAGCUCCCCGGCAGCAGACUCGGGCUCCAGCGGUGUCGCCACUUUUACAAAUCCACUGAUGCCUCUUAUGUCAGAGCAAUUUAAGGCAAAGUUUCCAUUUGGAGGACUAUUGGAUUCAACGCCAGCAUCUGAAACAUCAAAAUUGCAGCAGCUUGUAGAAAACAUUGACAAAAAGGCAACUGAUCCUAACGAGUGCAUCAUUUGCCAUCGAGUUCUCAGUUGCCAGAGUGCACUGAAAAUGCAUUAUCGCACCCAUACUGGAGAGAGGCCAUUCAAAUGUAAAAUCUGUGGUCGUGCUUUCACUACUAAGGGCAACUUAAAGACUCACUACAGUGUCCAUCGUGCCAUGCCCCCGCUGAGAGUGCAACAUUCUUGCCCAAUCUGCCAGAAAAAAUUCACCAAUGCCGUUGUGCUACAGCAGCACAUCCGAAUGCACAUGGGAGGGCAGAUCCCCAACACCCCGGUGACAGAAAACUAUCCUGAGUCAAUGGAAUCGGAUACGGGAUCUUUUGAUGAUAAGAAUUUUGAUGAUAUAGACAACUUCUCAGAUGAGAAUAUGGAAGACUGCCCUGACAGCAGCGUGCCAGAUACACCUAAAUCUGUGGAUGCAUCACAAGACAGCUUGUCUUCUUCCCCUCUGCCCCUGGAAAUGUCAAGUAUUGCUGCUCUGGAAAAUCAGAUGAAGAUGAUCAAUGCCGGCCUUGCUGAACAACUUCAGGCAAGCCUGAAGUCAGUAGAAAAUGGGUCAGUGGAAGGGGACGUUUUAACUAACGAUUCGUCAUCUGUCGGUGGUGAUAUGGAAAGCCAAAGUGCUGGAAGCCCUGCUGUCUCAGAGUCUACCUCUUCCAUGCAGGCCUUGUCCCCAUCCAACAGCACUAAUGAUUACCACAAGUCACCAAGUAUUGAAGAGAAACCAUUAAGAGCUUUACCAAGUGAGUUUGCCAACGGUUUGUCUCCAACCCCUGCUAACAGUGGUGCUUUGGACUUGACGUCUAGUAACACUGAUAAAAUGAUUAAAGAAGAGUCCCUGAGUAUGCUCUUUCCUUUCAGAGAUAGAGGUAAAUUUAAAAACACUGCAUGUGACAUUUGUGGCAAAACAUUUGCUUGUCAGAGUGCCUUGGACAUUCAUUACAGAAGUCAUACCAAAGAGAGACCAUUUAUUUGCACAGUUUGCAAUCGUGGCUUUUCCACAAAGGGUAAUUUGAAGCAGCAUAUGUUGACACAUCAGAUGCGAGAUCUACCAUCACAGCUUUUUGAGCCCAACUCCAGUAUCGGCCCCAGUCAGAACUCUUCGGUGAUGCCCGCUAGCACUCUGUCAUCGCUCAUAAAGACCGAGGUUAACGGCUUUGUGCAUGGCUCUCCUCAGGACAGCAAAGAAGCACCCUCCAGUCUAGUUGCUUCAGGGCCACUGUCCUCUGCCACGUCCCCUGUGCUGCUCCCUGCUCUCCCCAGAAGAACUCCAAAACAGCACUACUGCAAUACAUGUGGGAAAACAUUUUCUUCUUCCAGUGCUCUGCAGAUCCAUGAAAGGACGCACACUGGUGAGAAACCUUUUGCCUGCACUAUAUGUGGAAGAGCAUUCACAACAAAAGGCAAUCUGAAGGUUCACAUGGGCACUCACAUGUGGAACAGUACUCCUGCAAGACGAGGCAGACGACUUUCUGUAGAUGGCCCUAUGACAUUCCUAGGAGGCAAUCCUGUAAAGUUCCCAGAAAUGUUUCAGAAGGAUUUGGCUGCACGGUCAGGGAAUGGAGACCCGUCCAGCUUUUGGAACCAGUAUGCAGCUGCACUCUCCAAUGGCUUGGCCAUGAAGACCAACGAGAUCUCCGUCAUCCAGAAUGGGGGCAUCCCUCCAGCACCAGGGGGCCUGGGCAACGGUGGCAGCUCUCCCAUCAGUGGCUUGACAGGAAGCCUGGAGAAGCUCCAGAAUUCAGAACCCAACGCACCUCUAGCUGGUCUGGAGAAAAUGGCAAGCAAUGAAAAUGGGACUAACUUCCGUUUCACACGUUUCGUGGAAGACAACAAAGAAAUUGUAACAAAUUAGGAAAAAAACCUCCGUAAAUAACAUUCCUGCAAAUAGUGCAACCUAGGGUUGCUUUUUUCAAGCUGCAGGCUACAACAUUACAAAGACUUUGUUUUGUACCAUGUUCUACUUCUAGAGUUCUAAGAGAGCUUAUUUAUUAGUGAUAUAACCUUGCUUUGCAAACAAAUGCAAGCAUUAACUUUGGUCUCCCGUAUUUUGAACUAAAUACUAAUCGACUAGAGUGCUGUAAACUUGCUGUAACAUUUAUGGCAGUUGCAAGUCUGUUCUGCUAGGUGAUCUUAUUCUGGCAUUAACUUAUUUUCUAUACCCAGUUUAACACAAACUCUGGUAUUGAUGCGAUGCCUCAGUGAUGCAUUAGAUCUCUAAUAAAAAUCUGUAUAUAAAUGUA